GGUGAAUGGCUGACUGAUUUGGUGCUCGGAGUUGGCACCACGAAAGUGCCACAACCGUAUGGUGUAGCACGGAAGUGGACUAAUUCAGUAGCAUCGAGAAAGUCUUAUGCAUGUGGACAAAGGAUUGACAACAAUGAUGAUGAGACGAUAGUCGAAGACGUUGGGAAUUCGAAAACAGCAACUGUUCGAAGUGUUCGUCAUUCGAUGGAUAGCGCUAUCACGAGACCAAUGAAUGAUGUAUACGCCAAUGUUGGUGAAACAUAUGUAAUGGCCGAAACAACGACAGCAACAACUCACGAGGAAGAGAUGGCCGCCAGAGCUCUGAUGGGCUUGAGCAGUGCCUCGGUAGCGACAAAAAUGCCCACAGAGAUUCAUCAAAGCCCUGAAAAAUUGACAUCGUCGUCAUCAGCACAACCGGUCUCAGUGAAGAAUGCAGUAGAAAAUGAGGAAAUAUCGCAUUCAUCUUCUCAAACCGGCAAUGAUACAGCUGGUACUCAGAGUCUGUCUCUGGAUGUACCACACACUGGCGUGCCUGCUGUGUUGAAGGGAACCUUCAAUGAGUCAUCAAUCGAAAAAAUCACCAAUGAAGGAGAUACCCACAACGAGAGUACUCUUGUGGCUACACGUUCGAUGCGUGAAGAAAUGUUGAAUUUCCUUGACGCUUCUUAUGGUGGUCAUGCAAAAGCGCCGAAGAGUAAUCGAACGUUGUUCUCUUUCAAAACACCGAAGAAAACUAACGCAGGAAAAAGUAAAGUUGACAUCAGACGGCAUUCGCAUCAUGUGGCAACAGCAACGACAGCUCAGAAAGAUGCUGUUUUCGAAAAACGUGUUACGAGUACACCGUAUUCGGAAGAUCAACCACACGUCUGUCCUCGAUUCGCUGCACAUCAGGCGAGAUCGCUCUCACCAGCAAGAACAAAACAGCAGAAGAGUGCGCCGUCAACCCCUGUGAGUGGUUCCCGCAUGGUGCGUAUUGGGCCUGGCACACGCAUCCUCCAUUCACCAGUUGUGAAUGUGGCAAAAGAAGAUAAGUCUUCGCCAUUCCGAGUGCCCAGCAUUCCGAGCACCACUCGUCGAUCACAGACCACAUCAGUGGCUUUGCAACAGAUCGCUGACUACAAAUCACCGGUAGGAAAUUUGAGUCAAUUCUCAGUUUUGAGAAGAUGCAUUGUUUGUGAUUAA